GUUCGUUGUAUUUGGCUGUGAAAUUUUGGAGCAAUUGUCAGUUGGAGGACGAACGCUGAAGCUUCUGGUACACUGCCGAGUUUUUGCCAAAUAAAUAUAGUUGCCUUAGUAAACCUUAGUGUUCAAAUAAGCUAAAAAAUGAGUUCCGUGGACGAAGAUCUGACCCCUGAGCAAAUUGCAGUGCUCCAGAAAGCGUUUAACAGCUUUGAUCACCAAAAAACUGGCAGCAUCCCAACCGAGAUGGUAGCAGAUAUCUUGCGCUUAAUGGGCCAGCCAUUCGAUAAGAAGAUUUUGGAGGAACUGAUAGAAGAAGUGGAUGAAGAUAAAUCCGGUCGUUUGGAGUUCGAAGAGUUCGUACAGUUGGCUGCCAAAUUUAUCGUCGAAGAAGACGCUGAAGCUAUGCAAAAGGAGUUGCGCGAAGCUUUCCGCUUAUACGAUAAACAAGGCAACGGGUUCAUUCCAACAACUUGCCUAAAGGAGAUUCUCAAAGAAUUGGACGAUCAAUUGACGGAGGCUGAAUUGGAUAUUAUGAUCGAAGAGAUUGAUUCCGACGGUUCUGGCACAGUGGACUUUGAUGAAUUUAUGGAAAUGAUGACCGGAGAAUAAGUUUUACAUCCACACACAGUUUCUUAGUCGGCGGCUUUCAGCUGAUCAUCAUAUAGGCCGAAGUCGUAUAAAUUUUUUUUAAUUACAAUCAUAAUGCAAGAGGGCCGUUUAAUAAAAUAACAUACCUACAUACAUAUGAACUUACAUACUUCCGUACGAUGCCUUGUUUAUGCUUUAUUACUCGUCGUAAAAAUGUGGAUCCUUUUUCUCCAUGUCCGUUUACUGAACCUGUAGCGUAAAAUAAACCAUGUAUAUGUAUAUAUAGAUGCAUUUCCCAUUUCUGCAAAUGUAUUCAAUAAUCGAUAUUAUAACCAUCAUCACAA